CCUGCUUCCGCCUCCCUCUGGCGACGGCUUGUUGUUGUGGAGGCCAAAAUGGCGGCUCAGGCGGCGGCAGCGGCCCAAGCGGCCGCGGCCCAGGCAGCGCAGGCUGAGACGGCCGAGUCAUGGUACCUGGCACUUCUGGGCUUCGCCGAGCACUUCCGCACGUCUAGCCCGCCGAAGAUCCGCCUGUGUGUCCACUGCCUGCAGGCUGUGUUCCCCUUCAAGCCGCCGCAGCGCAUCGAGGCCCGUACGCACCUGCAGCUAGGCUCUGUGCUGUACCACCACACCAAGAACAGCGAGCAAGCGCGCAGCCACCUGGAGAAAGCGUGGUUGAUAUCACAGCAAAUUCCACAGUUUGAAGAUGUUAAAUUCGAAGCAGCAAGUCUUUUGUCUGAAUUAUACUGUCAAGAGAAUUCUGUCGAUGCAGCAAAGCCACUGCUGCGGAAAGCGAUCCAGAUCUCACAGCAGACCCCCUACUGGCACUGCCGCCUGCUCUUCCAGCUUGCUCAACUGCACACGCUUGAGAAAGAUCUGGUGUCGGCCUGUGACCUCCUAGGCGUGGGAGCCGAGUAUGCACGGGUGGUGGGAUCCGAGUACACACGGGCGCUGUUCCUGCUCAGCAAAGGGAUGCUGUUGCUGAUGGAGCGCAAGUUACAGGAAGUCCACCCACUGCUGACCCUCUGUGGACAGAUUGUCGAGAACUGGCAGGGAAACCCUAUCCAGAAGGAGUCUUUACGCGUCUUUUUCCUGGUGCUCCAGGUGACACACUACCUGGAUGCAGGGCAGGUGAAGAGUGUGAAGCCAUGCCUGAAGCAGCUGCAGCAGUGCAUUCAGACCAUCUCCACAUUGCAUGACGAUGAGAUCUUGCCCAGCAACCCUGCUGACCUCUUCCACUGGCUGCCCAAGGAACACAUGUGUGUUCUUGUCUACCUGGUGACUGUGAUGCACUCCAUGCAGGCUGGCUACCUGGAGAAGGCACAGAAGUACACAGACAAGGCACUCAUGCAGCUGGAGAAACUCAAGAUGCUCGACUGUAGCCCCAUCCUGUCCUCCUUCCAAGUGAUCCUGCUUGAACACAUCAUUAUGUGCCGGCUCGUCACAGGACACAAGGCCACCGCACUACAGGAGAUUUCCCAGGUCUGCCAACUGUGCCAGCAGUCACCCCGGCUCUUCUCCAACCACGCAGCACAGCUGCACACACUGCUGGGCCUGUACUGUGUCUCCGUCAACUGCAUGGACAACGCAGAAGCCCAGUUCACCACAGCCCUGCGGCUUACCAACCACCAGGAGCUGUGGGCCUUCAUCGUGACCAACCUGGCGAGUGUGUAUAUACGGGAAGGAAAUAGACACCAAGAGGUACUAUACAGCUUGUUGGAGAGGAUCAACCCAGACCACAGCUUCCCUGUCAGCUCUCACUGCCUUCGAGCAGCGGCUUUCUACGUGCGCGGACUCUUCUCCUUCUUCCAGGGACGCUAUAAUGAGGCCAAGCGAUUUCUGCGAGAAACUCUGAAGAUGUCCAAUGCAGAAGACUUGAACCGGCUCACAGCCUGCUCUCUGGUGCUUCUGGGCCACAUUUUCUACGUGUUGGGGAACCACAGGGAGAGUAACAACAUGGUGGUGCCCGCCAUGCAGCUGGCCAGCAAGAUUCCAGAUAUGUCGGUGCAGCUGUGGUCGUCAGCCCUGCUGAGAGACUUGAACAAAGCUUGUGGGAAUGCCAUAGAUGCCCAUGAAGCUGCCCAGAUGCACCAGAACUUCUCACAACAGCUUCUCCAGGACCACAUCGAGGCCUGCAGCCUCCCUGAGCACAACCUUAUCACGUGGACAGAUGGCCCGCCACCCGUGCAGUUUCAAGCUCAGAAUGGACCCAAUACCAGUCUGGCCAGCCUCCUGUGAGGCCCCUGGAGGGGGCCACCCAGCUUCUCAAGGCCUCCAUGGGGCCCAGUGUGUCCCUGACUUCCACCCAGAUGGCACUUGUGCUUUCCUCUGAGGAGUACUGGCAUGGUGUCCCCAGGCUUCUUUCCCAACUGUCUCCAGAGCUUCCAAGUCCCGGGGGAGUGUGCAGGGCCAAUUCCUACCCUCCCAGCAAGGGCUGGGCAGCAUUACCACUGUGAACCAGGACCCCGGUGCUGAGGCUUGCAGGUGGAAUGUUGGAGCCAACUUUCCAGAGCCAUCCUUUAAAGUGGACUUGAACUGCCAGUCCUGCUACACGUCUGAGUCACAUCUUCCUGGGACCUUGUCUGGAUGGGGAGUGCCAAGGUGGGUGGCACCGCUGGGGCAUUGCCACGUGACUUCCAUUGCCUGGUCUUCUGUGCCAGGCUGGAGUAUUUUCUCUGAUCUCACGGCAGCUUCCAGAGCUCAGAGGCAAGACGACAGUUUUGGCCCAAAAUUGUAAAGAAGAAGGGAUGGCGCACAUCAGGGACAAAAAUGCACAUCCUGCUACAAUGCUUCUCUCAGCUUGCCUUUAUCUGCAAUGUCCAUCCUGACAGCUAGGGCCUCUAGUCAGGUGCCCUGGGGGCCCAGGAACUCGCCUUCCAAACAUCUGCACCUUGACUAGAUCACUGUCUGGCUGUGGGGGUGCACAUGCUGUAGACAUGGGUUUGCAUGUGUGUGCAUGGUAUAGAUGUGUGUGCGUGCAUCUGCUGUAGGCACAGGUAUGUGUGUGUGCACAUGUGGACAUGGUGUGCAUGUGCAUGCAUCUGCUAUAGACACAGGUGUGCAUUGUGUGCGUGCAUGUGUGGUGAUUGUCAGAGCCAGAGCUGAGACUCCUGUGUUUACACCAGCCACCUUCCCCAGUCAGUGUCUGUAUUGUGGGGUAGGAAGCAGGGAAGAGGACCCCAACUCAGGGUGCCAAACAAAGAGGCUGGGACAGCUUGUUGGCCUCCUCUGCAAAGGAUGUUGGCAGAUGUCUGGAGCUCAGCCAACCCUGCCCUUGGGAGGGAGAAGACCUACCUGCCUUAGGUCUCGAGAUAGCAUCAGAACCUCUUCCUGAGCUGGACCCCAGGAAGUUCUGCCUGGCCCAGGCAGCGUGCUCAGUUCUGUGCUCCUCUUGGAUAGUCUAGAGAUGCCCCAGUGGAGAUGGUGGGAUUGGGGGCAGUCGAGGCAGCCACCACCUCCAGCUCCUCGUGCCUAGGAGUGGCUCCCUGACAAGGAGUGAGGAGUGGUUUUACUGGUCAGCAUGGCUUGUUGGUUUGAGUCUCGUUAACCUUGCACUGUGAAGGCUGCUUUUCGAGGCCUCACUGUCUGUGAUGGAGGGAUCACAGGGAUCUGGGAUCACAUGGCUACUUAGGCCCUGACCUGGGUGUGCCUUAGUCAAAGCAGAUUGUCAGCAGAUCGCCCGGUGCUGGGCCACUGCCCCCACCAGGGCUGUGGCAGGCCCUGCUGCCCUCUUGGGGGCCAGUGACAACACAAGUGAGCCAGAAGUCAGAGGGACAGGACCCACUGUCCCUAUGUCACCUGGGAGAACCUGGCCAUGUCUAGAGCUGCCACCUCUGCUGAUACCCCUGGUCCCAUAAGGCCUGUGGAGGAGGGUAUAACCCUAGCCACAAGCUAUCCCCAUUCAGUCUUCCUCUUCCAUCAAGGGUGUCCCCCAGGCCUUCCCCCUCCACCCAAGGGAUAGAGCCCCCAUCUUGCUAUAAGCCGCAUCUACCAUCCUGAAUCUCACACUGACCUCUCCAGACUCACAUUACUUCACUCUGCACAUUAUGUUUGUCUCUGUAUUUAUUUAAGCCUUUCUUUGCUUCUAGGGCAUUUGUAUGUAGAGCAGUUGAAAUAAGAACCUCAAAACUUAAUGUGUGUCCUGAUGUUAAAGUGCUUUUAGUGACCAAUCUGUUGUAUCUAUGUAUGUGUAUGGUUAGGAUAAGUUCUUAAGUUUACAAUUAAAAAUUUAGUACUCGAUAUUUAAUAUUCCACUUCAGCUUUAUGAAAGCCAAACUGUGUGUACGGUUUUGAACCUUCCCUUUACCGCAGCCUCUACCAAUUAUAUCAAGCUCUCAUACAUACCUUCCUGUGAGUCCACAUUCAGUGCUUCACAAUUUCUCACUCAGUCAUAAGAAUUUAAGAUGUAGUAAGCAAGCCAACAGGGAGAUGUUGCACAUGUGUUCUAUAGGUAAGUUUAGAGAAAGCAGAUAAAAACUCCAAACUUCAAAUUACAGUGCAUCAGUAAGUAGCAGGAUUCCUGUUGGCAGGUCAAUUGCUAAAAGCUGAUCAGACCCUCGUGUGCCCUUCCCACUUCUUGUUAGCAGAAGGUCCUGGGCCUGCAGAUCUGGGGUGCUGGUCCAGGAGGUGCCCCCAGGUUCCCUCAAAAGCACAGCUGCUUCCUCCUGCAGGUGCCCACAGGCAGGGUGAGGGUCUUCUCCCUGGGGGUAAGCAUUCCCUCUUCCACUUACUGGGAGCGCAGGAAAGGAAAUUGGGUAAAGGCAGCCUGGCAUGAUGGAUAUGCUUGUGGUAACAUUGUCUCUAUUUUGUUAAAAGGUUUUUAAUAAGUACGUUUGGCAUAAUGUCUUUUAACAGGUUUGUAAUAUGGUUUCAGCAGCCUGUAAUUUCAGCUGGUGCUUUUAAUCAGGAAAAACUUAUAAAUGCAAAACAUGGUUUAAAAGACAUAACCAGAGAGGAUGGCUCCUUGUUUGUGGAUUUCUUUUUCUUUGUAUUUAAAGUAAAAUCACUUGCAGUAGCUAUCAGUCGCUAUAGUCUUGUCUUGCCUUCUGUCCCUCUCCCAUUGCAACCCAGACAAGCUCUUUCCUGCCCCACCCAGCCUGUGGAGCUGCAGGGACUUCAGCUAACCAACCAGGCAUGAGGAUGCAGAGCCCAUACCUGGACUGGUGGACCUGGUGGAAAUGGUGGAAAUUUGAGUCUUCCUCUCUGUUGAUGAUGUUCCUCUGGUCCAGCCCUGCUUGGAAGGCAAGGAACCCCUGAAAUAUCCCAUGCAAAGCCUGAAGCACUGCCUGUUCCUCCCUGGCCCUCAACGAGACUUCCUCAUACACCUUGGCCAGCCUCCGUGUACCUGGGUUUUUGUGGGCUUUUUGUUUUUUGGGUUUUUUUUCUUUUUCAGAUGAAAGACACAAACUUAACCAUUUCA